CCCAGUCCGACGCAAGGCCCCUUGCCGCACCUCCAGACCUCGAGGGAGCAGCUGCGGGCAUUCCUGCGGGUGGUGGACACGGCCAUCCAGGAGCAAGAGGAGGCGGAGAAAGGUGGCAUCGAUGCGACCACGACCCCGGCAGAACAGUGGCCUCCCUGGCUUUCCCUGGGCAGCUCUCGGCCAAAAUCAAAUCGGAAGGGGCCUCGUGCCCAGGCCGUCUUCACCCGGCUACACUCAGGGACGACGAUGGCUGGGCGGACCAGGAAGGCUGGGACCCCCCGCAGCGGCCAGGCAGGGAGCAAGUACUGGCGCGUCAAUGGGGCAAAUGGGGAAGCCGAUGGCGACGGUUUUCACGACCUGCAGCCGCGCGGGUCAUGGAGGGCGACCUCGCUGCUGUCCUUGGGCGGGCCGGGUGUCUGCGGGGCGCAAAAGCCUUUGUCGGCGGACGCUGGAUCCCGUGGCCUUCGCCCCAGGCAUCCAUGA